AUGUUAAGUUAUAAUUUCAAUGUCUUAACGUGUUCCUCAUGUAAGGCCUUCUUCAGGAGGAAUGCAUUGAAAGACGGGAAUGCAUUAAAAUGUCCAUUUAGUGGAAACUGUGAUCUCACUUAUUUAACCCGAAAAUUCUGUCAAAAAUGUCGAUUAAAUAAAUGUUUUGCACUCGGAAUGAAAAAAGAUUUAAUUUUACCCGAAAGAGAACUGCAAUUACGGAAAGAGAGAAGAAUACGGAAAAAAUUAGAUUUAAAACUCAAUAAAAAUAAUGACCAAAAGUCAUGCAAUUCCUCCUCAGAUGAAACACAAGAUAUUUCUGGCAGUGAUUGCGAUAUUUUGGACCAAUUCUUGUUUAAUAAUACCAUUAGCGACGAAGAUAUUGAGGCCCAAGUGAUGGACAUCGAGACCUGUUUGACAUCUACUGCGGCAAAAGUGUGUGAAUCGGUGACACCAAUCGUGUCCAUCAAUAGACCGAUCACUGACUACAACAAUAACUUCAACGCGAUUGAAGGCAAUCGACUGACGGAACUGUUGAGCGCUUCCAACUCGCUGAAGAUAUCGUACGGAUCGGUGGUGUCUGUGGCCGACACCUAUAUAGACGCCAUGAGUGCCUUGUGUUGCAAUGUGGAGGAAAUGGUGAUCAAAUCCAUUGAAAUGUCCAAAAAUAUCUCUCUCUUCAGUGAGCUGUGUGUUAACGAUCAGAUCUCGCUUAUGAAGUACGGAUCUAUUCAAGUGACUUAUUUGCGAAAUAUCACCGGCUUUGAUCCCAACACCAACCAACUAACGGUUCCCGAUGAGGACCCGUCGCAGUCAGUGCUCGUGGACUUGAAUGCAAUCAAAUGCACAAAACUGUAUGUCUUUGAGGCGUGUAUGACUGCAAUCAUACUGUUCGACCCGAGCCGACCAAACCUACAGCACCGGAAACUUGUUAAAACUUGCACUAAAAAUUAA